AUGUCUCUUGUCACUCAUUUUUUAUGUCUCUUGUCACUCAUUUUUUAUGUCUCUUGUCACUCAUUUUUUAUGUCUCUUGUCACUCAUUUUUUAUGUCUCUUGUCACUCAUUUUUUAUGUCUCUUGUCACUCAUUUUUUAUGUCUCUUGUCACUCAUUUUUAUGUCUCUUGUCACUCAUUUUUUUUUAUGUCUCUUGUCACUCAUUUUUAUGUCUCUUGUCACUCAUUUUUUAUGUCUCUUGUCACUCAUUUUUUAUGUCUCUUGUCACUCAUUUUUAUGUCUCUUGUCACUCAUUUUUUUUUAUGUCUCUUGUCACUCAUUUUUUAUGUCUCUUGUCACUCAUUUUUUAUGUCUCUUGUCACUCAUUUUUUGUCUCUUGUCACUCAUUUUUUAUGUCUCUUGUCAUCAUUUUUUAUGUCUCUUGUCACUCAUUUUUUAUGUCUCUUGUCACUCAUUUUUAUGUCUCUUGUCACUCAUUUUUAUGUCUCUUGUCACUCAUUUUUAUGUCUCUUGUCACUCAUUUUUUAUGUCUCUUGUCACUCAUUUUUAUGUCUCUUGUCACUCAUUUUUUAUGUCUCUUGUCACUUUUUUUAUGUCUCUUGUCACUCAUUUUUUAUGUCUCUUGUCACUCAUUUUUUUAUGUCUCUUGUCCUCAUUUUUUAUGUCUCUUGUCACUCAUUUUUUUAUGUCUCUUGUCACUCAUUUUUUUAUGUCUCUUGUCACUCAUUUUUUAUGUCUCUUGUCACUCAUUUUUAUGUCUUUUUGUCACUCAUUUUUUAUGUCUCUUGUCACUCAUUUUUUAUGUCUCUUGUCACUCAUUUUUUAUGUCUCUUGUCACUCAUUUUUAUGUCUCUUGUCACAUUUUUUUUUUAUGUCAUUUUUUGUCUCUUGUCCUCAUUUUUAUGUCUCUUGUCACUCAUUUUUAUGUCUCUUGUCACUCAUUUUUUAUGUCUCUUGUCACUCAUUUUUAUGUCUCUUGUCACUCAUUUUUUUAUGUCUCUUGUCACUCAUUUUUUAUGUCUCUUGUCCUCAUUUUUUUUAUGUCAUUUUUUUGUCACUGUCAUUUUUUAUGUCUCUUGUCACCAUUUUUAUGUCUCUUGUCACUCAUUUUUUAUGUCUCUUGUCACUCUUUUUUUUAUGUCUCUUGUCACUCAUUUUUAUGUCUCUUGUCAUUUUAUGUCUCUUGUCACUCAUUUUUUAUGUCUCUUGUCACUCAUUUUUAUGUCUCUUGUCACUCAUUUUUUAUGUCUCUUGUCACUCAUUUUUAUGUCUCUUGUCACUCAUUUUUAUGUCUCUUGUCCUCAUUUUUUUUCUUGUCUCAUUUUUAUGUCUCUUGUCCUUUUUUUAUGUCUCUUGUCUCAUUUUUAUGUCUUGUCACUUUUUUAUGUCUCUUGUCCUCAUUUUUAUGUCUCUUGUCACUCAUUUUUUAUGUCUCUUGUCACUCAUUUUUUUAUGUCUCUUUUCACUCAUUUUUAUGUCUCUUGUCACUCAUUUUUUAUGUCUCUUGUCCUCAUUUUUUUAUGUCUCUUGUCACUCAUUCAUUUUUAUGUCUCUUGUCACUCAUUUUUUAUGUCUCUUGUCACUCAUUUUUUAUGUCUCUUGUCACUCAUUUUUUAUGUCUCUUGUCACUCAUUUUUUAUGUCUCUUGUCACUCAUUUUUUAUGUCUCUUGUCACUCAUUUUUUAUGUCUCUUGUCACUCAUUUUAA